CACUCAGAGCCGGUGGCUGUGGCAGCGUCGUCCAUGGCAAGGCAACGGAUAUAAGCGCGCGCUCUCUUCCUUCUUUUUUUUUUAAUCCCCUCCCUCUAUUUCUCGUCUCGAGCUGCUCUCGGUCCAACCAAAGCCCGCACCAUGACCAUGCUCGGCCGCCUGUGGACUCUAUUCUGCCUCCGCGUGUGCUUUUACGCGAGCGCCGGAUUAGCGCAGAGCGCCAGAGAGGUGAUCCUGCUGGACUCAAAGGCACAGCAGACUGAGAUGGAGUGGGUAGCGUCUCCUCCGAACGGGUGGGAAGAGAUCAGCGGGCUGGAUGAGAACUUCACCCCAAUUCGCACGUAUCAGGUGUGCCAGGUGAUGGAACCGAAUCAAAACAAUUGGCUUCGGACUAACUGGAUCGAAAAGGGCGAUGCUCAGAGGAUUUUCGUGGAGCUGAAAUUCACACUGCGGGACUGUAAUAGCCUGCCCGGUGUGGUGGGAACGUGCAAGGAAACGUUCAACUUGUACUACCAGGAGACGGACGCUGAGAUGGGCAGGAAUAUCCGCGAGAGCCAGUAUGUGAAAAUAGACACCAUCGCGGCGGAUGAGAGCUUCACACAGGGCGAUCUGGGUGAGAGGAAAAUGAAGCUGAACACGGAGGUGCGGAUCAUCGGGCCGCUCUCGCGCAGAGGCUUCUACUUGGCCUUCCAGGACGUUGGAGCAUGCAUCGCUCUCGUCUCGGUCAAAGUUUACUACAAGAAGUGCUGGUCCAUCAUCGAGAACCUGGCCACGUUCCCGGACACCGUCACGGGAUCUGAGUUUUCCUCGCUCGUCGAGGUCGAGGGAACGUGUGUCAGCGACGCCGAGGAGGAGGCCGACAACUCUCCCAAGAUGCACUGCAGUGCCGAGGGCGAGUGGCUUGUGCCGAUUGGAAAAUGUAUCUGCAAGGCCGGGUUUCAUCAGAAAGGGGACUCUUGUGAACCCUGCGGCCGCGGCUUCUUCAAAUCUUCGUCGCAGGACCUGCAGUGUUCGCGCUGUCCUGCCCACAGCUAUAACGACAGAGAAGGAUCUUGGAAGUGUGAUUGCGAGGACGGCUACUACCGAGCGCCCUCAGAUCCUCCCUCCAUCGCCUGCACAAGACCUCCUUCAGCUCCUCAGAAUCUGGUCUACAACAUCAACCAGACCACCGUAACCCUCGAGUGGAACCCUCCGGCUGACUCCGGCGGCCGCAAUGAUCUCACCUACCGGAUCGUAUGCAGGAGGUGCAGCUGGGAACCGGAGGAGUGUGUUCCGUGCGGAGGGAACGUGGCAUACGUGCCACAGCAGAGCAGUCUCACGGAAACCUUCGUCACCAUCAGUGAGCUGCUGCCGCACGCCAACUACACUUUCGAGGUGGAAGCCGUGAACGGCGUCUCGGACCUGAGCCGAACGCAGAGACUCUUUGCCGCCGUCAGCAUCGCCACCAGUCAGGCGGCUCCGUCUCAGGUCAGCGAGGUGAUAAAGGAGCGCGUGCAGGAGCACAGCAUCCAGCUCUCGUGGCAGGAACCCGAGCAGCCCAAUGGAGUCAUCACCGAAUAUGAGAUCAAGUACUAUGAGAAGGACCAGAAGGAUCGCAUCUACUCGACAGUCAAGUCCAAGUCCACAUCAGCCACGGUGAACAACCUGAAGCCCAGCACGGCGUACGUGUUCCAGAUCAGAGCGUUUACCUCGGCCGGAUACGGCAUGUUCGGUCCCAGGCUCGAGGUCACCACAAAGGACGAGUCGUCAGGAGCUGCCACGAUUGUGUCAAGCGAGCAGAACCCGGUCAUCAUCAUCGCUGUGGUGGCAGUAGCCGGCACCAUCAUCCUGGUGUUCAUGGUGUUCGGCUUCAUCAUCGGGAGAAGGUACGCUCUCGCGGCCCCCGUUGACUCGCCGCUCCUGCACUGUGGCUACAGUAAAGCAGACCAGGAAGGAGAUGAAGAGCUGUACUUCCAAUUCAAAUUUCCAGGCACCAAAACCUACAUCGACCCUGAAACCUAUGAAGACCCCAACAGGGCUGUGCAUCAGUUUGCCAAGGAGCUGGACGCAUCGUGCAUUAAGAUCGAAAGGGUGAUCGGCGCAGGAGAGUUUGGCGAAGUAUGCAGCGGUCGCCUGAAGCUUCCUGGGAAGAGGGAUGUUCCCGUGGCCAUCAAAACUCUAAAAGUGGGCUACACAGAGAAGCAAAGGCGGGACUUCCUUUGUGAGGCGAGCAUUAUGGGACAGUUUGACCAUCCCAAUGUGGUCCAUCUAGAAGGCGUGGUCACCAGAGGGAAGCCAGUCAUGAUCGUCAUCGAGUACAUGGAGAACGGCGCAUUAGACGCCUUCCUCAGGAAACAUGACGGGCAGUUCACGGUGAUCCAGUUGGUAGGUAUGUUGCGCGGCAUCGCCGCUGGCAUGCGCUACCUCUCGGACAUGGGCUAUGUGCACCGGGACCUGGCGGCGCGCAACAUCCUCGUCAACAGCAACCUCGUCUGUAAAGUGUCCGACUUUGGGCUGUCCAGAGUGAUCGACGAUGACCCUGAGGCUGUCUACACUACCACUGGGAAGAUGCAGGAUGUAAUGAAUUUGAUGUUUACCCCAGCCACUCAUCUGCAUUUUACUGAACAGGGCGGAAAGAUCCCGGUUCGGUGGACAGCCAUGGAAGCCAUCCAGUACCGUAAAUUCACAUCAGCUAGCGACGUGUGGAGUUACGGCAUUGUCAUGUGGGAGGUCAUGUCCUACGGCGAACGGCCUUACUGGGACAUGUCCAAUCAAGACGUCAUCAAGGCUAUCGAGGAGGGGUACCGUCUUCCGGCACCCAUGGACUGCCCUCCAGGACUCCACCAGCUCAUGCUGGACUGCUGGCAGAAGGAGCGAGCUGACCGGCCCAAAUUUGACCAGAUAGUCGCCAUUUUGGACAAAAUGAUCCGCAAUCCCAGCACACUGAAAACGCCAGUGGGAACAUGUACAAGACCCAUCAGUCCGCUGCUAGACCAGAGCCCGCCAGACUUCAGCUCGUUCCGCUCGGUGGGCGAGUGGUUGGAGGCCAUUAAGAUGGAGAGAUACAAAGACAACUUCACAGCAGCCGGCUACAGCUCACUUGAGUCUGUGGCGAGGAUGACUAUUGAGGACGUGAUGAGUUUGGGAAUCUCACUCGUGGGCCAUCAGAAGAAAGUCAUGAGCAGUAUACAGACUAUGAGAGCUCAGAUGAUACACCUGCACGGCACGGGCGUCCAGGUGUGACGGACGGUCGCCGGGAACCGCCCCCUGGGAGCGGGGCGGGGACUUAGAAGAUAGCGCGGAGAAUCACCGCAAAAUAAAAUAAAUAACACUAAUAAAAACCACACGACGUCUCUCUCGAAACGGUGACUCUUCCAGAAGCUGUGGAGACAAGGACUUGUUUCUUCGUUCUCUGGUGAAGGACGUUAAGUGAAGGUGCUGAAUCAAUGAACGUGCAAAAGGAAAAUGGAAGGAGAGAAUACUACCUGGAAACACGUCAGUGGAGAGACAGAGCGUUUUCUAGCAAUUUGAUGCUUUUUAACCAUUUUUUUUUCUGCUCAUCGUUGGUAUUGACUUCACUAGAAUAUGGAUAUUUUUUACAAAGAUAAUGGACAAAAAAAUGCACAAAGUAAUCAAAUCCAGUCAGUACAAAAAAAAAAAAUCCAGAGUUGUUUUUGAUUUCCUUUUCUUUUCUGAUACACUCCAAUGGGGACAUUUGCGUCAUUAACCAACGUCAGUUUUCCCAAUUCCUUUAAGUAGGACAGUUUGCCUUAUUGGAUUUUUAAGUGUGGAUUUGACAACAGGGUAAAAAAGUCGCCGCUGUAGGCAGCAGGGCAGAAGCACGGACCUCAGCGUGGACGUAACCUCGGCUUCUCUGCUCGCAGUGAGUCGGAACCUCGCUUUUUUUUUUUCUUUGUCCGACUCCUCCGCAUUUGCAAUCUCUUGGGAGUACUCCUUGCGAGUGCACGUAAACGUGCCCGGCGUACGGAUGGCCGAGUUUUAUGAUGCGGCUGAAAGUUCAAGAACCAAGAACUUCAAGAACCACUUCUUGACAACAAGCUCUAUAGUUCCAAUAUUACUGUUUUUUGGGUUUUUUUGAACACUUGAAGGCUGCCUGCCUGCCUUUAUUUUCCUGUUAUUUUUUUCAUGAGGUGUCUCCACGUAGAUAGCACUAUUGAAGACAGUAUUUAAUAUAAAAACGGUUCAAUCUAAAAUUAAUUGUUUGGCUUGCAAUUUUUUUUUUCUUGCAGAUGUUGCAAAUAUUUUAUGUUUCCACAAUCCAGUCCAGUCAGUUCUAAGUUAAACUGAUAUUACCUUAAAACCUUAGAGGCGAAUAUAGACUUGAGGUACUUCUUCAGAUGAAUAAUUCUCGAUUUUUUUUUUUUUUUUUUUUUUUUUUUACAGGAAAUGUAUUAUUAUUAUUUUUUUUUUUUUUGCAGAACGUGCUCGUUCUCGCUCAGUUGUGGGAACUAGACAAAGUGGAUGUAGACUGAAGGUCAUAUAUAAAUAUAAAUAUAUGUGAGUCUGGAAGAGAUGGAUCAAUCAGAGCAAUAAUUACCGAGAUGGUUCUUCUUUGUGAUAUUAAGGUGCUAUGUAGAUUUUUACCAUUUUGGCUCGUCAGCUAAUCACAGCAGAAAGGGAAAGAUGUUGGAGAGUGUGAUUUAUAUAUGGGUUUCCUCUCUUUUCUGGGCAGCGGGGUCAUCGAAAAACCACAAGAAUGUACUUUUAUGUGUGUGUGUGUUUGUUUGUGUUUGUGUGUGUCUUCCUUCUUGAUUAGAGAGCUCGAGGAAAGAGGAAUUCACUUUUUCAAACAUGCGGUUAAAGCCAGAUUCUCAGUGCCAUCACACGCUGGUCAGUGUUGGGAUCAUUCCCAGUAUCGCACACGGAUCACCAGUUUCCCUUUUUUUUUACAUUUAGUUUAAUUUCUAUUGGAUUUUAUGGCUGCUCUAAAAUUACACAGGAAGAAUAACAGUACUAAAAUGGUUAUAAACUUGCAAAAAUGGGUUUUAUUAGUUUGGGGUUUGGCAAACACAAAAAAAAAAAAAUAAUAAAAAACACUUGUGGUGUUUAGUCCAGAUGUUAAUUUUAAAAAGCCAUUACGUAAAUAAGAUGUUCUUCUAUCCAAUGUGCUCUGGUAUAAAAGCCCUGGCCCCCAGGCAGUGUGAGUGUGUGUGUGUGUGUGUGUGUGUGUGCUCUUGGAUCAGAUGAUGCCCCUAUCUCCGCUCCAUUGCGCUGGCCUCAGCACUGGAUCGGCUCCAGCCCUUUUUUGUUUCCCCAAUCGAAUGCUAGUGGAAAGGCUUUCGGUCAGCACAAACCGCUCUGGCUCUCAUGCAAGCGGCGUAUUUUUGCCUCGCAAAUUGUAAACACUUGCAUCGUUUCCUCCUCUCGUCUCUCUCUCUCUCUCUCUCUCUCUCUCUCUCUCUCUGAGCCCUCUCCAGUCUUUAGGGACAGCCAAUUUGAGAUUAACGCCAGGGUUCAAUCGAUCCUCAGUGAAGGCCAUCACGACACUUCAAUGACAAAUCUGCUGUACUGUUUAAAGCUUGACAGUAGGACGCGGGUUCAGACGUGGCCUGUGCUGUUCGUUGAAUCUAGGGCUGAGUGUGUCUUCUUAGAAAUAUUUAACAAAAUGCAUAUGAACCACCCCGAAUUGAAUAAAAAUCUUUUUGGAAGAUUCCAAAGAUGUCAGCACUGUUGAUUGUGUCUGGUUGGAGGGAAACUUUGUAUAUGAUCUGAUUGUAAAACUUGUACAUUUUUUUUUAUUUAUAUUGUUUCCUUUUUUUCUUUAUUUUUUACACCUUUUCCUCCGUAGUGAGCUCUGAAUUCAUUGAAAAUGCACUAUAUUUUUCUAUAUCGCUUGCAAAUGUUUUAGUUCACCCGGAUGUACAUAAUUUCUCAUGUAGGACCAAAGACGGCCAAUAAGUUUCCAUUAAAGAUUUUUUUUUUUGUUUUAAGUUUUGUUUUUUCCUGUCUUUUAGGUUCAAAUGUACAGUAAAAUAAAUUGUCCAUUUAUUACAAUUUAUUAUUUAUUUUGUUUUUCAGCAAUGGGAGGAUGGAGAAUUCGAGUCAUUGGUUCGAAAAAAGUAUUUUCCCCAACUGCAGAUCUGUAAAAUCAUUUUACAUAGAUUAUUUCUUGUUACAUAGACCAUUUUCUUUCUUUUUUUUUUUUUUUUUUUUUUUGCUUUGUAACCUUUGUAAUAGACUGUACAUAUAUUUUUGGAAAUAUAAUACAAUCUCUAUA